GAGCGGUGACUCAAACGUUCCGGCGCGCACGCACACGACGAUAUAACAAAAAUAAUAAUAAUAAUAAUAAAUUCCCGUCGGCCGUCCAAACUAAAAUAAUAAUUUAUAUCUCAUUCAGUUUUCGCUCCAUAGCGUGCACGAUGAUAAUAUAAUAUUUUAAUAUUAUUAUAUUAUUAAUACCGGUAUACGAGUGAUGUGCACGGCGCUGCAGUGCUCGUGUACGCACAGAAUCGCCGCUUAGUGCCAACGUUAGCGCGCUCCCCCGCUUGGCGGUCUCGCAUUCGCCGCGUAUACCGAUACCUAUAUAGGUACAUAGUUUUUAUCGUACCUAUAUAAUAUAUAUAUCGUACGAGCCGCCGACCGGACGCGAUGGACGGCGCCGUCCACACUGCCGCAGACUGCUGAGCGCGGCGAUAUCCGAGGACCGACCGUGAGACGGACGCCAACGUCGGUACGGCAAACGUCAACCGGUGCCACUUCACGGAUCCGACGACCGCGAUGGACGCACUGGCCGUCGCCGCGGUCUUGCUGCUUGUGCUGCGGGCGGCCGUCCGCGUGGACGCGGCCGGCAACGUGGACAUCGGUCGCGGUGUCGACGUGCUCCAGCGGUUCGGCAUCAUUGGCGAUGUGCUGUACGGCGACGUGUCCAACACCAAGGAGAUGGUCACGCACGACAUAAUCGAAGGCGCCGAUCGUUUUACUGAAGUUUUAAAUGUGACAAAAAAUCAUACAAAUUUACUAAACAUCACAUUUUGUCCCGAUUUGGACUGCCUAUUUGACGUAUAUUUUGAUGGGUUUCAAGUCGAUUUAGCCGAUAAACCAUGGAAACUGUUGACAACAAGUAGAUCACGGCAUAUGGUAUCCGAACGUUUUGGCGUACCUGAUAUAGCAAUGGGAUUCGGACAAAAAUUCGUAAUUGUGUCUUAUAGGCGACCAGUGAAACGAAUUAAGACAUUUGACAACUUUACACAAUUGGCAGAACUAAAAUCAACAAUAUCCGACAAAUUUAAAUGUAUGUCUAUUGGUAUAGAAUCAAUGGUGACGGAUUUUAUUACGGAGCAUGGAUCGCAUUAUAUUGAUGAAUACACAUUAGGGGAUACUGUUUUCCAGGUGUUGGUGUAUCUGCCGGUGUUCUACAACAAGUUCUACAAGUGCGUGCUCAACAAUUGUUCGGAAUCGGACACGGCGUUGCUGCUGUCGCCGGUGUACACCGAAUAUCAGGGACAGGUGCUGAGCGUCGGGUCAGACGCGGUGGAGAAAUGGGUCGACACCAAUCUGCAGGUCGAGUCCAAAAACGGCCACACGUACGUCAGCCUGUACGCGCUCAAGAACCGGCCGGAGCUGUGCAACGAGAUCGUCGCGCUCAUGGACGACCAGUCGGUGGUCGGGCUGCACCUCAAGGUCGUGUCCACGUUCGUCGCCGAACCGGCCAAGCGCAAGUGGUUCACCGAAGUGCUGGACAACCAUGUAAAACUUCGCGAAGUCAAUCUCUGAACAGUCUGAACUCUGAACCGUAUAGGUACGCCCGGCAAUGGAGGAGGAAUACUCAAUUUGUAUAAUAUUGUGGAUUAUAUCCGACGACCUUUAAUAAAUAUCGUUAGGUCGAUAGUGUAAAUUGUGUAUAUAGAUACCAUAAUAUUAUAAUAAAUAAUAAUUAAUAAGUACCCAUAUGAAAUGACUGCAACACAUCUAUGGUCGGCAGGAGAUCGUCAACACGUAGACGAAAAAAAUUAUUAUUUAUUAUUUUCUAGUAUAUUAUAUAACAUUAUAUAAUUGUAUAUAUAACUUUAUUUAAAUUUUUCAGUGUUUAUUUAAAAAUAACACUAGUAAUUUUUAUCGAAAAAUUAUUCAAUAAUUCUGUUUUGUAUAAAAAAUGUUCAUUACAUUUUAAUUUUUUAUGAUACUCGUAAAUCGUAAUGUAAACUUGUGUAUAUAUAGUAUCUAUUACCUAGCUAUAAUACAUUAAUACGCAUGUAUUAUAUAAUAUAAAUAAAUAUAAUAAUAUAAUAUUACUAUCACUCCAUAUACGAGCAGAUAUAUCAAAUUAUAAUUAUUUCGAUUACAUUAGAUGUAAUAAUAACAUCAGUCGUUGGUGUCAAUAUUUCGAGGUAAAUAUAAUUGUUAUUACUGUUAUUCGUUAUUUUGCAAACUGCUGUUACUUGUCUUUAAACUGUAUAUAAUAUAUAUACAUACAUGUUACUUGAUAUAAUAUAAUAUGAUGCAUGGAUAUAAAAAUAAACAUUAAAAAAUGUA